AUGGAGCUGGAGCCAUACAUUAAAGCCAUCACGAGGGAGCGCAAGUUGUUAUUGGACGUGCCAAAUGCAUUGAGCUAUCAGAGGAUCCUCGAGACCAGCACGAGUGGAUACCUCGUGCGCCAGUACAUCCACAGCUCUCUAUAUGAUCGAAUGAGCACACGUCCAUUCUUAGAGCACAUUGAGAAAAAAUGGAUUGCGUUUCAGCUGUUGUGCGCUCUUCGAGACUGUCAUUCAUUGGACAUCUACCAUGGCGAUAUCAAGACAGAAAACGUUCUAGUAACAGCUUGGAACUGGCUGUACCUUUCAGACUUCUCAUCAUCUUUCAAACCAACAUUUUUACCAGAGGACAACCCAGCUGAUUUCUCUUUUUUCUUCGACAUUUCUGGAAGACGAACAUGUUACUUGGCCCCCGAGCGAUUCUGCGUUGCCGGAGAAGAGCCUAGCGACAGCGGUGUCAACUGGGCGAUGGACAUCUUCAGUGCUGGGUGUGUCAUUGCGGAACUCUUCCUCGAGUCUCCCAUCUUCAAUCUGAGUCAAAUGUACAAGUACCGCAAAGGAGAAUACAGCCCACAGCACAGCCAGCUGGCAAAAAUCGAAGACCCGGAAAUUCGAGAAUUGAUUCUACAUAUGAUCCAACUUGAACCUGAGUCCCGAUAUUCUGCUGACGAAUAUCUCAAUUUCUGGAAGGGAAAGGCGUUCCCAGAAUACUUUUACAGCUUUCUCCACCAAUACAUGUCUCUUAUGACGGAUCCUUCUUCCGGGCGAACUGAUAUGGACGCGGAGUCAGCCAACAGAGGCGAGGCAGAUGAAAGAAUUGAGCGAGUCUACUUGGAUUUUGAUAAGAUCUCCUACUUUCUCGGUUCCAAUUCCCGUGCCGGAGCUCCGUCUAAUCCCUCAGUCUCCAGGCUGACAGGCAACACUCUCCCUGUGAAGCUUGACCUGCCGAAUGGGGAAACCCAGGUCUCAACACGACCGUCACAAACCGACGAGGGUGUUUUGAUUUUUCUCACCCUCGUAGUCUCUAAUUUGCGAAACACAUCCAAAGCGUCGGCCCGAGCCCAAGCCUGCGAUAUUCUUUUAGCAUUUGCAGAAAGAUUGUCGGAUGAAGCCAAAUUGGACCGAGUUCUUCCCCACGUCAUGAUCCUCCUGACUGAUCGGACCGACACCGUCAGAGUUGCGGCGAUCCGCACUCUAACAAAACUACUGGAAAUGGUUCAAGUAGUUUCCCCGGUCAAUGCCUACUUGUUCUCUGAAUACAUCUUCCCCAGGCUCCAGCCGUUUGUUGCAACAUCACCUACAAAUCCAAGUGCCAUGGUCCGUGCCGCAUAUGCAUCCUGCAUUGCGUCUUUGGCUCAGUCCUCGUUGAGGUUCUUAGAUAUGAUCCAGGCAUUGCGCUCAGAUACCCGUCUAGCUGCAUUGAUACCGGUCGGGUUUGAGCCGCGAUGGACUGAGGAUGCAACAUACCACAACCUUUACGACGUGGCUCGGGUAGAUCUCUUAGAAUACUUUGAAGUUCAUACGAAGGCGCUGUUGACGGAUACAGAUGCAUCGGUUCGGCGGGCCUUCCUGGGCUCCGUGUCCAGUUUGUGUGUCUUCUUUGGCAAUCUCAAAGCGAAUGAGGUCGUUCUCAGUCACUUAAACACAUACCUGAAUGAUCCCGAUUGGAUCUUGAAAUGCGCCUUUUUUAAAGCCGUUGUUGGUGUCGCGGCUUACGUGGGAACGAUCAAUCUUGAGCUAUACAUAUUACCACUCAUGGUUCAAUCCCUGACUGAGCCUGAAGAAUUUGUUGUGGAAAGGGUGAUUCGCUCUCUGGCAUCCAUGGCUGAUCUAGGCUUGUUCCAACGUUCGACAACAUGGGAUCUCCUUCACACCACUGUUGGAUUUCUGGUACAUCCAGAUAUCUGGAUCCGAGAGGCAACCGUGAACCUCGUGGUUAACUCAGCCAAGUUCCUGUCAAUAGCGGACAUUCAUUCUAUAUUGGCACCCCUCCUCCGUCCCUUCCUCAAAAUCCAGAUCAUCGACUUUUCAGAGGCCAAAAUCCUUGGUGCACUCAAACGACCAAUGCCGCGGAGUGUUUAUGAGAUGGCUUUCUUCUGGGCCCUCAAAUCCGACAAAGGUGUAUUCUGGAAGUCAACAAGCAGGGAUGGCACAUUCGGCCUAUCUGAGCCUGGAGCUUUCAGUUCUCGUGUUGGACAACGGAAUCCUUCUUUCACAAUGGCUGCACAAUCAAAGAAUGACGAAGAUGAACAAUGGCUGUCCCGGUUGAGAAACAUUGGGAUGGGCUCUGAAGAUGAAUUCAAACUGGUCGCUCUCAAGGAUUACAUCUGGAGGGUCUCAUUACGACAUUCGAGAGAAUCUGAUGUCCAGUCGGGGCUUCCUAUAAACGACAUUGUCAGCUUGACUAAACAACAAGUCAAGCUUCAAACGGUGUUCUUUGACAAGGAAAUCCCUGAUUCGCCACGAAGAGCAUCCCUGGACAGAAAUGAUGGUCAUGCCGAUGAUACGAGACCGAGAACUAUCGCAGAUGCCUUACUCGAUGCCUCUACGACUAUUGAACGAGCGCCCAGUGCUCAUCGUAAGCACUUGCGAUCCAAGAGCCAAGCUCACAGAGAGACAAGACGACCUUCAGGCAUUCCUAUUCUGGAUGGACAUGAUUCUUCGUCGCUAUCAUCGUCUCCGUUGGCAUCCUCGCCCGCCGCUGGCACAAGAUCUCGUCCGUUUUCUCCCCCAGGCUCGGAUGUUGAUCGCAGACAUUCCACCCGUCGUCAAAGCCCAGAUGCAGACGACUCAUCGACACCCACUAGGGCCGAUACUCCAGAAUUAAGAAGCUUGUCUGAUCGGGUCAGCAAAAAGUCCAGCGCGAUCAACCUGCUGAAUCGCAAGGAGACUGCCAAAGCCUACGCGGAAACCGGCACAAGCUCUGCAAAUGCCUUUGGCAAGGUAGAUGCACCGGUUCACCGAGGCGGAACCCCCCAGCCAUCGACAUCCUUACUUUCAGAUGAGCGCAAGGCCGCCCAACUCCCGUCCAAGAAAUACCGACCCAACCAUUCCUAUCACGGCAAUGAUCCUGCGGUUUUGCGGCUGCUGGACAAUGUAUUUGCAGAGAACUACCCAACAGACCUGUUUGACCUGGGUCCGUAUGUGAAGGAGCUGGAUACCCGGCUACCCAUUCGCAGCGCUACCGACCAGGAGCCAAAUAAGGUCUGGAAGCCGGAGGGUAAUCUCGUCGCGACGUUCGGUGAACACAGCGCGGCAAUCAACCGGGUCGUUGUCGCUCCGGACCACUCCUUCUUUUUGACUGCUUCCGAUGAUAGCACAGUGAAGAUUUGGGACACAACUCGCCUCGAGAGGAACUUGACCCCCCGAUCUCGUCAAACUCAUCGUCAUGCGACAGGCUCACGCGUGAAGGCUCUGACCUUCGUAGAGAAUACUUACACAUUCAUCAGUGCGGCUACUGAUGGCAGCAUCCAUGCCGUUCGAGUCGAUUAUCAGAAAGUCGGCCAGACGGCUGUCCGGUACGGCAAGCUGCAGCUCGUUCGCGAAUACCAACUGCCCGUCGCUCAAGACGGAUCAGUUGAGUACGCCGUCUGGAUGGAGCACUUCCGCGAUGAAGGGCAGUCCACCUUGCUUGUUGCGACCAACACCUGCCGUAUUCUUGCCCUGGACAUGAAGACCAUGCUGCCGAUCUAUACACUAGAAAACCCAGUCCACCAUGGUGCUCUGACCACCUUUUGCUGCGAUCGCAGACACCACUGGCUACUCGUCGGCACAACCCAUGGUAUUCUGGACCUCUGGGAUCUGCGUUUCCGCGUGCGGCUGAAGGCCUGGGGCCUUCCAGGCUGGGGCGCUAUCAACCGAAUUCAGGUCCACCCGACCAAGGCCCGUGGCCGCUGGGUCUGUGUCUCCUGUAGUGGCAGCCACGGCAAUGAAAUCACCGUCUGGGACAUCGAGAAGUUCCGCUGUCGUGAAGUCUACCAGGCCACGCCGAUGGGCAGCGCCAAUUCCCCCAACGGAGGCCAUCACCCCUCCCGGCCCCAUCACCCAUCCCGCAUCACGCCCGCCGACUACGAAGCCUGGCGCGUGGAUGGCGACCGCCCCGAAGGGAUGCUAAGUCGGUUCGCGAAGACCGGCGCUGACGCAGGGAUCCCCUCGAAUAAUAACCCCGCAGGCGAUCGGCUAGGUAUCUGGGCGUUCGCCGUCGGACUCAAUGCUCCGGACGAAGACAAAGACUCUAGCACGAAGUGCGGGUACAUUAUCACCGCAGGAUGCGACCGCAAGAUCCGCUUCUGGGACCUCGCGCGGCCCGAUCUGUCUUCCAUCGUCAGUGGCCUUGACGUUGUCUCGGAUGGUAGUGCUAGUGGCAAACCGCACUAUGAGCUAUCCCAGCCGGGCCCCAGUCUCCUCGUUACCACUGAACAUCUGCCCUCUGCUAGUGCUUCUCGUGAUGCGAAGAAGGCUAGUCCGAGGCCCCCACGUAGUACGGUUAUUAGUCUCCAGCAGCAGAUGCUUCUUAAGAGUCAUUUGGAUUUUGUUCAGGAUGUGGCGGUUUUGCGGGUGCCGUAUGGGAUGAUUGUUAGUGUGGACCGGGCUGGGAUGGUUUACAUUUUCUCCUAG